AUGUCUCAAGGUAGAAGGGCUGCUGAAAGAUUAGCUGGAAAAACUGUAUUCAUCACUGGUGCAUCUGCUGGUAUUGGUCAAGCCACAGCACUAGAAUAUUUAGACGCUUCGAAUGGUGAUCUUAAACUGAUCUUAUGUGCUAGAAGAUUAGAAAAAUUGCAAGAAUUGAAAACCAAAGCCGAGAAGGAAUAUCCAAAUGCCAAGAUAUACAUCAAUAAAUUGGAUGUUACUGACACCGAAGCUAUCAAACCAUUCUUAGACAAUUUACCUCAGGAAUUCAAGGACAUUGAUAUCUUAGUUAACAAUGCAGGUAAGGCAUUAGGUUCUGACAAAGUCGGUGAUAUUGAUAUUGAUGAUAUUAAAGGUAUGAUGGAUACCAAUGUCAUUGGUCUAAUCAACAUUACACAAGCCAUUCUUCCAAUUUUCAAAAAGAAGAAUUCUGGGGAUAUUGUCAAUUUAGGUUCUGUUGCAGGUAGAGAGGCAUACCCAACUGGAUCUAUUUAUUGUGCUACUAAAUUUGCAGUUCGUGCAUUCACCGAAAGUUUAAGAAAGGAAUUAAUCGAUACAAACAUUAGAGUUAUUCUAAUUGCACCUGGUAUCGUCGAGACCGAAUUUUCCUUGGUAAGAUACAAAGGUGACAGUGAGCGUGCUUCUGGAGUUUACACCGGUGCACACCCAUUAUAUGCCGAUGAUGUUGCUGAUUUAAUUGUAUAUACUACAUCCAGAAAGGCGAACACUGUUAUUGCAGAUGUCUUGAUUUUCCCAACUACUCAAGGUUCUCCUUAUCACGUCCACCGUGAUACUUAA